AUGCAGUCAAUUGAAAAGAAGGGUAAAACAGUGGAUCUAGCGUCCUUAGAACCGGCAGCUAGGGUUAAGCAAUUGGCCAACUAUGGGGCAAUGGUAGACGUUGAUCCCAAUGUUCCUCCUCGAAGGUAUUAUCGAUCUGGAUUAGAAAUGGUGAGGAUGGCAAAUGUGUAUCUUGCUGAGGGCAGUUUAGAAAACGCUUAUAUAUUGUACAUGAAGUUUAUGACCCUAUUUGUAGAGAAGAUUCGGAAACACCCAGAGUACAACACUGUGCCAUCAGAAGUUAAAGCAGUCAAUCAGAGUAAACUUAAGGAAGUUAUGCCAAAGGCAGAAAAGUUAAAACAAAAGUUGUUAGAUGUUUAUGCUAAAGAACAUGCACUGUAUAUUGAAAAUGAGGCAAAGAGAAAAAUAGCCGAGGAGGCUAGAAGAAAACAAGAGCAAGAAGAUGCAAAAGUUGCUCAAAGACUUCAAGCUGACGAGAAUAGACAAGAUGGUCACAGCACUACACCAUAUUUAUUACAUGCGGAUCAAUGGGCUGUAACACCAUCGGCUCCUCCGGUUGAUGAUGUGUUGUAUCCCGACGACUUUGCAGAUCCUCCUCGAUCAUUGCCAGGUGUUCCAGCAGCUGUGCCACCUGUCAUCAUACCACCCUCAAGACCUGCUGUUGAUUCAAGUGGACUAUUGGAUGCGAGGCGUCUUCGUACAGUUGUUAUACCGACGGCACUGUUGCCACGAUUUUUAUCUCUGGCUGCCCAAAAUACAGCCGCUAACAAAGAAACUUGCGGCAUUCUAGCUGGGAGACUGGAACAAAAUCAAUUGAAAAUAACCCAUGUAGUGGUGCCCAAACAGACAGGCACAUCGGAUUCAUGUAGUACAAACAAUGAGGAAGAUAUCUUUGAAUAUCAGGACAAACAUAAUCUCAUCACCUUGGGUUGGAUACAUACCCAUCCGACCCAAACAGCAUUUCUUUCAUCUGUGGAUCUUCACACACAAUGCUCCUACCAGCUAAUGAUGCCAGAAGCCAUUGCUAUAGUCUGCGCACCAAAAUAUCAAGAGACCGGUUACUUUGCACUAACUCAGGAUCACGGCAUGUCAUUCAUAGCCAAGUGCCGUCAGCCAGGCUUUCAUCCACACCCUUCAGAUCCACCGCUGUUCUAUGUAUGUAUAUAUUAUGUUCCCAAUUGA